CCUCUUUCUUUCUUCCUUCCUUCAUUUUUCUCAGAUAUCUCACAGAUUCACUUUUCACUGCACAGCUCCAUCAUUUCCCACUCCCUCCUCUUCUCCCUCCCACCUUUCCUCCUUCUCUUGCUCUCGCUGCGCUUCUCACAAACUGAGGUGGGUGUUUUUACACUCUCUCCCUCCUCUCCCUUCACUCUUUGCUCUCAGGCUGCAAUGAGGUUAACAGCCCUGUGCGUAUGUGGGACCCUGCUGGCCUUCUCAAGUCUUUCUUGGAUCACAGCAGACUCUGAUGAAGGAAUACUCCUUGUGGAUAAAGGAUUUGGUCCCUGCACUGUAACACUGACGCCUGGGGGGCAGUGCAGACAGGUGCAGCAUGAGAACACGUGCCCUUACUUACUCACUUUGCCACCGCUGAGGAUUCACCUGCCACAGCAGCUCAAAGAGCUGGAGAAGAUCGUGGAGGACCUGCAGAAGCUGAAGGACAGUGUGGAUGAACUGCGGGAGAUCUGCGCAGACUGUACAGUAAGCCAAACUGAGAGAGAGUGUGGAAGGCACAGAGAGAAUGAGCGUGAGACGCUGAGUGAGGAGACGGAUAGACGUGAGGAUGACAGAAACUGGGUGAAUGAGAGACUUCAAGAGAAUGGUUUUAAACAAGAGUGCAGCACAGUCAGUGUUAUGGAAGGAGAUGGAGACUCGGAAAAAACAGGCACUCUGGAAGAGAAAGAAAGAAAGAAAUGGGAGACAGAAAGAGAGAGCAAUGGAGGACUCAUAAAAGAAAAUGAGGAAGGAGAAACUCUGACAGAAGUGCUGGAAACUGAUGGAACAACUCAAUCAGACAGAGGAAAAGGAAAGGACAAAGUGGUUCCAACAAAGGUAACAACUGGUGGUGUAAAUGAGGGAACAGUAGGAGAAAAGGUUGCUGACAAAAACAAUAGGCAGGGGGAGAGAGACAGAAAUAAAGACACCGCCGGAGAAGAGAAUUCAAAGGGAUAUCAAGAGAAUAAUCUGGAGCAUGGAAAAGAAAGAAAGACUUUCACUAAUGUAAAUAAAACUGAAGAAAGUGGUCAUCACGUGUGGCAAGAUAAAACAGAGGAAACAGAGACCCAAACUGCAGCCAGUGAUAGGAUAAAGAUGUCAGAGAACCAUGAUGAGAAUACAAAUCAGGAGCAAGAGCAGAGCAGGGAGGAGAAGAAAAAGGAAAUGGAAAAGAGAGUAAAAGUAGAGCAAAAUAAUGAGGAACGAAAACAGACCGAAAGCAUCAGGCACACUGAAAAAGAAAAGACUAUAAAAGAGGGGGGCGAGGGCAGAGAGACGGGAAAGGAGAUCAAAACAGAAGACGAAGAGACAGAGAGUGGAGAGGGAGACGAUAGAGAAUUACCAUCCAGCGAAGCAACUAAAAGGACAGACUUUGUUUCAAUCAGCCCAACUCCUCACUCUACAAUUAACAUAGCUCUAGGGGUAGACUCUGUGGACUCGAAUGAAGCUACGUCAUCUAUUCCAUCUCCCCCAAUGCCCAGCUCCACCUUGCAUUAUAUCACAGAUGUCAGUCACGAGAUAACAACCCAAAACACAGGCCUUGUAGCAGCUGGGAUUUCUAAGCCUCCAAAAGCUGAUGCAAAUACUCACACAGAAACUACAAUGAGCACAGGGAGUGGACAACACAUAACCAAUCAAACUACUACAUCCAGGUCAGGCCUCCACAGUCACAUUAGUUCAACUACGACAACUACAGUCACCACAGCUCAUCAUCAGGAUUCAACUGUAGGAGCUAUAGAUGACAGCCGCUGGACAGCUAAAAAGAACAUCAGCUCAAAUACUAAGACUGGAGCAAAACCUCUGCCAGGCCAAGGACCAAAGCCUGGCAAAAGACCAAAAUACAACCAAAAGAAGCAUCCUUUUCACCACAAACCCAGAAUCGACCAAAGACCUAAACCUCAACCUGGCAAAGACCCAAAAGGAGUCGAAACUUCAAAACCUAAGCAAAGAAUUCCCCCUCAUAUUUUACCCACUGAUCAAAAUUUGAAUAACGAUUCUAUACCUAAAUAUGGCCAAAAUUAUACAUCUGAUCAAAACAAGUUACCUACUCAAAAGUCAAAACCUAAUGAAAAGACUGUGACUCCUAUUUGGACACCUCCACCACAUCACAGACCUCAGAAUGCAAACACGGCCGGAUCUGAUGAAUAUCCUGAUCAAGUUACUGCUACUAAUCAAACGGAGAUUGAACCGAAAUCCGAGAAGGAAAUAGUCCAUAAUCCAAAAACUGAGAAGCCGGACCAAAAUCAAAAAAUAGAAAAAUGGUCAAAAGGUGGAGAAAAAACAACAACUGACCAAAAACCUGGCUACAGUGGGACAUCUGAUGAAAAUCCAACGCAAGUGUCUUAUUUUAAUCAAGAUUCAACACCGCGAAAGAAGACCACACCUGAUCUAACGAAAACACCCCCCAACCAAAAGUCUAAAAUCACGCAGAUCAUCCCUACAAAACAAAAACCUGUCCAAGAGCCUGAAUCAAAAGAAAGUCCAACAGAUAGCUACACAGAAAAACCUAAACAAAAUGAGACAUCUGAUGAAAAUCCCUCGCAUGUGUCUAAUUCUAAUCAGGAUUCAACACCGCGAAAGAAGACCACACCUAAUCUACUGAAAACACCCCAUAAGGAAAAGCCUAAAACCAGACAGAACAUCCUUACAAAACCCAAACCUGUCCAAGAGCCUGAAUCAAAAGAAAGUCCAACAGCUAGCUAUGCAGAAAAAGCUAAACAAAAUGAGACAUCUGAUGAAAAUCCCUCACAAGUGUCUAAUUCUAAUCAAGAUUCAACACCGCGAAAGAAGACCAUGCCUGAUCUAAUGAAAACACCCCCUAAUGAAAAGCCUAAAACCAGACAGAACAUCCUUACAAAACCCAAACCUGUCCAAGAUCGUGAAUCAAAAGAAAGUCCAACAGCUAGCUACACAGAAAAAGCUAAACAAAAUGAGACAUCUGAUGAAAAUCCAAUGCAAGUUCCUAUUCUAAUCAAGAUCCCAUAUCUGGAAAGAAGACUACACCAGAUCUACCAAAAACACCCCCCAACCAAAAGCCUAAAACCAGACAGGACAUCCCUACAAAACCCAAACCUGUCCAAGAGCCUGAAUCAAAAGUAAUGUCCAACAGCUAGCUACAUGCAGAAAAACCUAAACAAAAUGAGA